GCGACGGACGGCAGCGGCGUAAGCUAUGUUAUUCUUGCCAAUGCUGACAAAUGAGCCUCCACCCUUCGUUCCUUCACAUCUUCCAGCCGAGGAAUACAGGUGGAAGAGAUGUGAUGCUCUCGCUUUAGAGCGUGUGGAGCUGAGCGGAAGAGAACAGCUGCACUUCUGUACAUUAGAAAGAAAACCUCUGGCUGCGGGUGGCUUGUCCAACCACUGGAGAAUAUAAAGCACAUGGAUUGCAGCUUAGCUGAUGUCUCAUCGGCACGCGUGCGUCGAGUCGCUUGCAUUGCUGAUAACAUCCCAUUGUUUGCGGAUAACAACGAAUGAUCAACGUUAUUAUGUGGGUACUGCUCCUUAUAACAAAGAGGUGUCUUCCCACUGUCUACAACCCAUACCUAUGCAUGGAGUCGACGCCUGCAUGUCUUCCCUGAUGUCCGGCAAGGGAUUCUCCAGCAUGAAUCACCGCUACAGGGAGCGAUUCAACAGUUGGAAUGAGUCCGACGAGCUCGGCGUCUUCGAGGCGACGCGGUACUUCUCUGAUGCGACCGACGGCGUAGGUCUCGUAGGUGGAUUUGGCCCUCGUGGAGCUGUUGCAGUCGAGCAGACGGUGCCCAGGAGCUCAGAUGGGAGACUAAUUAGCGGCAGUCCCUCGCUGACGAGAGCCAAGAAGUGCGGCAAGCAACCUGGCUCCCCUGGAGCUAAAUUAGUCGGCUAUCUCAACUCUUUCUUCCAUCAAGCGGCUUCUCGGAGGAAGCCGAAGUGUUCGAAUCCCACCUCGACGUCCAGAGAGCCACGAGAGGAUGGGGAAGAGGUGGAGAAGAGACCUGGAGAUCAGAAGGAGAGAAGAAGAAGCAUCACCGGCCAUUCUCAAAGCACCAAGACCGCUGGCACCAAAUCCAGCAAUUUCUGCCCACGAAGUGAGGUAAGGGGAAGGAGAAGAAGUAUCACGGAGGUGUCAAAGGAGAGAGAAAACUGGGAGAACAAACAGGUGCCGAACGGUGCAUGGCCAAGGGGAAGAAAUAAGACCUUCGGUAGAACAGGAAAAGAGGUGGAAGAUGAUGACGGGGACUCCGACUCCAGUUCCGAUCUAUUCGAGCUGAAGAUUUGCGAUCGCGGCGGCCUCUCCGACGGCUUGCCCGUCUUUGCAACCACAGAUAUCCAAGCUAUCAAGAGAGACACUGCGAUAUCAAGUUCUGCAUCUUAGCCACCAUUUUCCUCUCUUCUUCCCUUCUCCAAUACCUGAGGUUCCUUCAGCUACUAAAGGAACACACGGAUCGAGAAAUAAAUCCAAAAAGUUUUUACUGAUAUCAUAAUAUCUUUUCUGGGGCUCUUAUACGUUGUCCAUGGCCUCCCACACUUCAAAGAAAGCUAUAUAUGAAGAUCAAUGUUAUUCAAUUUUGGAAUCCUCGCAUCAUGCUCGAUGUACCAUGAUUUUACGUCAAUAUUCUUGUAUCUCCAAUUUUAACAUCCUGUUCGUGAGAAUCACAAGUUUAUUGGUCCCUUCAGCUAGUAAAAGAACACACGGUUCAAGAAAUAAAACUGAAAAGGUUAGUGCUUCUUACAUAGUUGAAUAAUUUUUUGCUUUACUGUAUUAAAUUGAAAAACUAGUCCUCCUCGGCAUUUUCUUUCAGCCAUGAGGACAGAGAACCAGACACAAUUGAGGAAAGCCCUGUGUUUCCACAUCGUUUUAUUGUCCAGUUCUGCAAAUUACCUUGUUUCUGAUGAAUUUAGUUUUAGUUCCUAAGGAACUUAUUGUUGUCGGAGAAGGUACGGGACAGGAUUAUAAUAAGGUAAAUUAUCAGUUCUUCCAGUCAAACCCUAGUCCAGCGAUUGCAUUUAGUUAGUGUAAUAGUAAGAAACUAGAAAUGAAAGAAAUUAUAAACAUUAAAAUAAAGAAAAGUAAGAAAUUAGGAAGAAAAAUGUAAGAAUUAGUUUCUAAAUUUAGGUAGCAAGUGUAAUAGCAUGCAUUUAUUAGUGUUGGAGAUGAUUGCCAACCCCAUGCCAUGAAGUUGACUUAUCACAUUUUUCGAAAAUUGAAUGCCCAUCGAGAACAUCUGGUAUAAUGGCUCCACUUAUUGCCUCAGAAAUUGUACAAUCAUUUUUUGCACCAAGGAUGUUUA